AGCACUCGACGGACGCACGCAGUCGCCCCCCGAGCCCGACCUGGUGCCCGCCCGCCCGAGCGCCGCCGCCCGCGACGAGCCGCCGCCAGCCAGCUUGGAGGAGCGCCAGCUGCAAUCUCCGGGCGCCAUGGGCGAUGUUUCAAAAAAAAUGGACGAGCUGGAGAUGAAGGUGGAGAAGUAUUCGCGGGGGAAGGGUGCUGACCUGAAGGCUCUGAGGGACAAGAAGUUGAAAGGCCAGCUCGCUGUAAAAGAGAAGCUCUAUGGCCAGUCCGCGAAAGCUGCUGCAAAGGCUGAAAAGUGGCUUAUGCCUAGUGAGGAGGGUUUCUUAGAGCCUGACGGUUUGGAGAAGACAUAUAGAUUUCCACAAGAAUCGAUUGUGAAGGAGGUGGAUCUUUUGAGUUCAAGAAAACCAUUUGAUAUGAUCUUACCUGUACUUGGUCCUUAUACUAUAGAGUACACAUCAAAUGGCCGCUACAUGCUAGUAGGUGGACGAAAAGGCCAUCUUGCUAUGAUGGAUAUGCUGAAUAUGGACCUGAUCAAGGAAUUUCAGGUGAGGGAAACUGUUCGCGAUGUGGCAUUCUUACAUAAUGAGCAGAUGUAUGCAGUCGCUCAAAAAAAGUACCCUUACAUAUAUAAUCAACAUGGUGUGGAAAUUCAUUGUCUGAAGGAACAUGGCAAAGCGUUGAAAGUCCAGUUUCUGACUAAACACUUUCUCUUGGCUUCAAUAAACAGCUUUGGGCAGCUCCACUACCAAGAUGUGAGCACUGGUGAGAUGAUUGCAAAUUACAGGACAGGUCUGGGGAGAACUGAUGUUAUGCGGGUCAAUCCCUAUAAUGCUGUCAUAGGCCUCGGACAUGCUGGUGGCAAAGUUACCAUGUGGAAGCCAACAAGUGUGAAACCCCUGGUCACCAUGCUGUGCCAUCAUGGCCCUGUGACUGCUGUUGCAUUCGACAGGGGUGGCCAUCUUAUGGCAACAGCAGGUGUUGACAGGAAGAUAAAAAUCUGGGACCUGAGAAAGUAUGAGGUUAUAAAGUCAUAUCCAGCGCGUGCUCAAUCCUUGGAUUUCAGCCAGAAGGGGCUACUGGCCUGCAGCAACGGAUCUCAAGUAGAGAUCUUCAGGGAUUUCGGUGGGCAUGAUUAUAGGCUUUACAUGAAGCACAGAAUGAUGAAGGGCUAUCAGGUUGGGAAAGUUUUGUUCCGGCCCUACGAAGAUAUUCUGGGGAUUGGGCACUCGAUGGGCCUUUCGUCCAUCCUUGUUCCAGGAUCCGGUGAACCGAACUUUGAUACCUUUAUUGACAAUCCCAUGGAGACUACCAAGCAGAAGCGGGAGAAGGAAAUUCAUGCUCUCCUCGACAAGCUCCCGCCGGACAGUAUCAUGCUUAAUCCAAAUGUGAUAGCCACUGUAAGAGCUCCGAAGAAGAAAGAGAAGAAGACCAAGAAGGAGAUUGAGGAAGAGAUGGAAGAGGCUAUUGAGGCCGCGAAGAACACUGGGCACAAGAAGAAGACCAAGGGCAGGAGCAAGCCCAGCAAGCGGGCCAAGAAGAAAGAGGAGGAGGUUUUCAGAGCCAAGAGGCCCUUCUUGGAGCAAUCAAAGGAGGUGGACGGACGACCUGGCAAGAAGCAGCGGAUAGGCGAAGGGGUGGAACUCCCAAAAGCCUUGCAGCGGUUUUCCAAGAAGCCGCAAUCAUGAUCAUGGUAACACAAAGAGCUGGGGUUUCACUGUGGUUUGUAACCUUUAUCAAUUAGCCGGCCAAUAUGUAAAAUUUCUGCGUGAGGAAUUGGUGCACAAGAUUGCGCCAAAAUUUUGUACUAAACCGUGGGCAUUCCUACUGACGAGAAUUUGAACUUUGAUGCUCCCUCGGUCUGAAACGGCCGCCUUCCAUGAUGUA